GCGCUUCCUUGUCCUUGGCCUCAUUUUAUACAGCAAAUACUGAUCGCCAUCGGAUAUUCAGACUGAAGAAUUCUAGAGCCCGUAUGCAAGGUCUUCCACUCGGCUCUGGCCUCCGGAUUCUCCGAAACCCACCAUACCGUUAUACCUGCGAAGACACAAUUGACGAGACCAUCGAACUUUUUAUCGAUUGGGCCUACAGGAGAGUUUUCAUGUAUCCGUCGGUGCCUACAGAGCCCAUCAAGCCUGCAUCCAUAAUUGCAGCAUCCGAGAAGACCGAUCCCAUAUCAGGCGAUGGUGAUGACCAAUUUAUGACCCACCUCCGAGUUUACAUAUUCAGCGACCUCUAUAUCAGAGAAGACCUGGAAGUAGUCGCACUAACUGAACUCAUACAUUAUCUCAAAAGCUUGGACGCCACCACCGACACCAUAAUCAGUAGACCCCCGUGAUCGCCAUGUUGG